UAUUACCAAAUAAGCACCACUGACUUGAGUAGAGAAAUAUUACAGAAGCCACACCUGUUUGUUUAGCUAUCGAUCCGUCAUUUAAAAUGAUAACCUUGUUAAACAUUACCAACCCGAAAUACCUGUUGAACAGCUGGUACAGUAACGUUUGGAACACCUGUGUGAAGCAUACAGCCGUUCUGGAAUUAGACCAUGUGGUUGAUCUUAGAUAUAUUAUGAGCAACAUAUGUUACCAUACAUGGAUUAAGGCACCCAGAAGACUGCAUGUUACUCAAUACCACAAAUGUUGAGGACCAAAAUUGGGUUGAAACUUGCUAACCACACCUGAAACAUGAAGCCAGAAUGGAGAAAACCACAUCUAAAGGUGAUCAUGAUGGGCAAUUCUGGUGUGGGAAAGUCCUCCCUCAUGAAUCGCUUUGUCAACCAUCGCUUCACCAAUCUGUUCCGUGCCACAAUUGGCACAGACUUCCUCACCAAGGAGAUCUCUGUGGAAGGGCGAUCCGUGGUUCUCCAUAUCUGGGACACCGCAGGUACUGAGAGGUUCCAGUCUUUAGGGACGGCCUUCUUCAGAGCGUCUCACUGCUGCCUGCUUGUGUUUGACGUCACCUCCACAGCCUCCUUCUAUGCCCUGGACACUUGGCUUCACGAAUUUCUCUCACAGCAGGUCAAGCCUCUAAGCCCCACUAACUUCCCACUCGUGGUAGUGGGCAACAAGACAGACCUGAAGAACAGGCAGGUAUCCAGAGAAGAGGCCCAACGAUGGUGUCGGGUAGCAGGAGCGGAUUACAUCGAGGGAAGUGCAAAAGAGGACGUUAACGUGGAGAAAUCAUUCCAUCAGGCUGCAUGUGCUGCACUUCAGUAUUUUGAGGUGAAGGAGGACUCUGUGGACACCACUGAUGGCAAGAUCCAGAUUAGUGAAAAUCCGAGUGAGAUCCGUCGGGAUAAGUGCCAGUGCUGACCAACUCCGCCACUGGACCUGAGAGCCAGUUCUGCCAACAUCAGGCCCUAUCAAGACAAGCUGAGCCACAUCACCAGAAAACAGCAUGUCCACAGCAAACAGCACCAACAACAUGCACUUAAAAUGAAUCUUUUUAUUUUUUUCAAUCCUCAUCAGAUUGGGUCAGAGUUUAAGGCAUGACAACACAAACAGUGGUUUGCAUGCAUGUCUUCUUAAGACAAAUCUAUGUACAAGGGGGUAUCUGCAAAAAAGGCGUACUACAUCUAUUCACAAACCAUUUGUCUGUGUUCAAAUGGA